GCGCCUCCUCCCUUCGAGCCCCGUCGUCUGCUCGUCGUCUCUGCCCUCCUCCUGCCUUUUCUUAAACGGGCGUCUUGGCGGGUCCAGUGUCCCUUCCUCCUUUCACACACAGCUCGGCGGGAGCUGCUGUCCAUCCUCUGUUUCGAUUUCCCUUCUCGGAUAUUUUUCCAUCCAUUCCUAUGAGUCAGUGCUUUGGGUGGAGAUCAGCCGCCUUGCGCCCGCCGGUCCCGUGGGAGUGGAGAACGAGCACUGUUCGCGGGCUAAUCCGGGAUGGGGCGUAAUACAUCCAUCCCAGAUUAGCCCCGUGUACGAUCGCGUCGGCAGGAGGUCUGAUGAUCCCGACAGAGGAUCUUUCCUUCUUUUCCCCCCCAUCGGUGCAGGGAUUUCUGCACAGGCUCGCGGCGUCCCCGUUUUGUACUCGCCCCGACGCUCUGAUUUAGGCGAAACUGAAAGGUCUAGUUGAAGUUCCUAGAAUUUGCUUUGUGACCGUCAUAGUUGGGUUCAGUUUGCAUGGCCCAGGCCCUACGACCGUUCAAGACUCUACCCAUCAUACUAGCUUUCUCUUAUCCAACUUCCUUGUGUCCAGCAUGGUUAUGGGUUUUAUGGUCAGCCAUAAUGGGACUUGAACCCCAGCAUCUCAAAUUGAUACCUCAGGGGAUGACUUUGCUACCCCAUGAGGAUCAAGCAAACUGGGUGGUAGGGCUAUACUUGUUUGAUUCAAAUGAUUGAUUAUAUAUGGUAGGAGGCAGUGGCUUUUAAAAAAAAGCUUAUGUGGAAGCUGGGUGUGAAUUGGAAAGGAAGUUGGAUAAGGAAUAUGAUAUUUCUGUAAAUCCUUUAGAGCAUACAUAUUAUAGGUUAACAUGUUUAUUUAUUAAAAUAUUUAUUGCUUGCUUGGUAUUUUAUGAUUUCAAGUAUGGGUUUUUUUUUACCAUUUGAUUCAUUUCCAAAGUUAGAAUACAAAAGAAAACAAAGAAAAACAAACAAAAAGAAAAUAAAGAAAGUAGAAAAAAAACAAAUUAAGGAUUUUUAGAUGGUUUUCAAGUUACAGUAUGAAAUUAUAAAACAGUAAAAUAAAUGAAGAAUAGAUUAAAACAGCAAUAGUUACAGGAUUCAUCCCUUGUAUGAAGACUCCCUGCUAACUGAACCUAGAGAAUAAAUCUAAUUCCCAAUGUCCCCCUUGCGCCCGUGAGACUGAAAAGCUCUUCACUUGGCAUCAAGAAGCAAGCGUUGGCCCAGACUGGGCUCCCAAAUUAAAAGAACACAAUAGAGAAGUUGCUCUCCUGAAUCUUCCCAGAACUUUUUUCUGAGGCAGUGAGCAGCAAUCUUCCAUGGGUAUUAAUGUUUGAGUAGGUACAUGCUGGCAGAGAUGCUCCCUUAAAGAACAAUAUUUUAAAGUUCAUUGUAGAUGUUUAUCUUGUAAAGUGCUUAGGAUCAAUGUUUUAUCAUCUCUAGCCAACAGUGUCUGCAUGGGGAAGAAGGUGCAAAAGGGAUCUGAGAAAUUAACAUAGUAUCUUGGGGUUGCAACACAAAUCCCACUGCUUUCCUAUGUAUAUUGUGACAUCUCAUGCACAUCUCAAAGUUGGAGGACUUGAAGUACAAUAUGAAUGUCUGCAGAACUGUCUUUGCUCAUCAACAUAAAAGAGCCACGAUGGGAUCAAAGCACCUUCAUGGGAAGAGCAAAGCAUUUCUUCACAGUGACGAAUCCCUGCAACCUUCUGCUUUCUAGCAAGGCCCUGGAAGAUGCCCAAAGAGUGAUACAGAAUUACAGAAUGGGUAAAGUACAACCAGGCUUGACUGAGGACCAAUUAUGGCGGGCAAAAUACAUCUAUGACUCUGCCUUCCACCCAGACACCGGUGAGAAGAUGUUCCUGAUUGGACGUAUGUCUGCUCAGGUGCCUAUGAACAUGACCAUCACGGGAUGCAUGCUCACCUUCUACAGGACGGCCCCUGCCAUGGUUUUCUGGCAAUGGGUGAACCAAUCAUUCAAUGCCAUUGUCAAUUAUACUAACCGGAGUGGAGACGCACCUAUCACUGUCAACCAGUUGGGAACUGCUUAUGUCAGUGCUACUACUGGAGCUGUGGUGGCGGCACUAGGACUCAAAUCUCUCACCAAGCAUUUGCCCUCAAUCGUUGGACGCUAUGUGCCUUUUGCAGCUGUGGCAGCUGCAAACUGCAUUAAUAUUCCAUUAACAAGACAAAGGGAGCUAAAAUUUGGUAUCCCCAUUAUGGAUGAAAAUGGAAAUCGGCUGGGUGAAUCAAAGAAGGCAGCCCAGCAAGCUAUUGUGCAAGUGGUGAUUUCACGCAUUGGCAUGGCUGCACCAGCAAUGGCCAUCCCUCCUGUAAUCAUGAAUGCCCUAGAGAAAAGAGCAUUUAUGAAGCGAUACCCCUGGAUGAAUGCUCCUCUGCAGAUUGGACUUGUGGGCCUGACUUUGGUGUUUGCCACACCUCUUUGCUGUGCAUUCUUCCCACAGAAGAGUUCAAUGCGGAUGAAUCGCCUGGAACAAGAAGUCCAGAAUUUGAUCAGAGAGAAGAAUUCUGAUAUUGAGAUUGUCUAUUUUAAUAAGGGACUUUAAGAAACGAUGCCACACACUAAGCUGGUAUGCAUCUGAAAGAGGUCAAUGAGGAACCCAUGAACCAGCACUCUGAAGGAGAAAGUUACAUUUUGUAAUAAUAUAAUCCCUUUUACAUGCUGCUUUCUUAUUGGCUGUCAAAUCUUGGCAGUCUUAUGUGUGCGAUAUACCCUUCCUGCAUUCAGGAACAGAUAAUAAGCUGGCAGUGUACUUUUGCUGUGAUCCAAACAGAAUCAUUCCAAUCUUGACUCCGCGUGACACCAGACCUGCUGACAGUUUUUAAGCAAAACUAUUAUGCAUAAUUCUGCUGUAAUGCAUAGAUGUUGUGUGUGAAAGAAAGUGUGUUUGCGUCUACAUAUGUAAUCCCUGUGAUGUAAUAUUUAAGAAUCAUGAAAAUGAGAUCAUUCUUAGGAAAGGAGCUCCAUUGAGUACUUUAAAUCCUACAGUUCAAUGGAAAAGCAAUUUGCCCUUCGCUUCAACUGAAGUCUUUCUUAUUCAACACCUAAUAAAAACAUCAUGAUUUAAUGAAGAACGUGCACAUGUUUGUGAGCUGCCUGUAUUCCUGGGAUUGUAAAAAGGCUUUGCUCCAAACCAUUUGUUCUUACAAUCAAAAAUGACUGCAUAAAUAAUCAUCUCUGCCUCCUGUUGCGAUUAGUAUUUUUUUGCAACCAACGAAGCAUUCAGUUGCAAAGAUGACAAUAUAUGCAGCCCUACUGUUAAAUCUACUGGGGUAGAUUAUCAUCAUUAGUGAACUAUGAAUAUGAGAAAAUACUGGGGUUUCAUGGUAACAUGUUAAUUGAUCAUAGUUAAAGCAUGUGUGAGUAUGAUGGAGGGAAUUUUCUAUUAGAGUUCUACAUGUUGUCCUUGUUUAGCAAACCAGUCAUUUAAUGAAACAGUCACUAAGUGACCAGCUUCAGCUUUGUUUUUCAGGCCUGAAAAAGUCAUAAACGUGAGGAUUAAUUAUAAAGUAAUUUUUUUCAGUAAAUCAUAAAGUUACUGUCAGUGAAGUUGCUAAACGAGGACUGACUCUGUAAAACUGAACAUGUGCUUCUAUUUAAUAUUUGAAUCUGUAGAUAUCACAAAGCCAUAUAGAAAACUCUGAUGCAGACAUUUGCUAGACUGUUUUUGAAGAGGGAUUAUUGCUUAUCUUUUGCUUAUGGUAGUAUUUUCAAUAACUAGAUUCACAAUUACAAGAACAAUUACAACUAUAGAAUAAUACAAUGCCAAGUUUGGGAACCACUGUCCUAGGCCUAAAGUAUAAGGCAGGUAAUCCUCGAUUUACAAUCACAAUUGAG